AUGCUCCACGACCCCGGACUCAUUCGGGGUAUUAUUCCUAAUUACCCUUCUUGAAGAAAACAGAAAGCAGAAAGCAUGAUUACUGAAUGUCUCACAGGUAGUCCUAAGGACACGGUAACCUUCCCCGAUGUGGCUGUCAGCUUCACCCAGGAAGAGUGGAACUUACUGAACCCGUCUGAGAGAAAUCUCUUCAGGGAUGUGAUGCUGGAAAACUAUAAGAACCUGAUCUCAGUAGGUUAUCAUAAGGUCAAACCCAGUGUUAUCUCUUGGUUGGAACAAGAAGAUUUGUGGACAGUGGAGAAGGAAGUCCUUCAAGAAUGGGAACUGCAACUGAAAAAGAAUGUCUCAGCAUUUCAGCAAGAUAACACCAGAAAAAAAACAUCCAAUAAUAGGGAAAUGAGAAGAAACCAGAAUGAGUGGGAAGUCUAUACGUGUGACAAAUGUGGAAAUCCCUUUAAAAAUCCCUCACAUCUUCAUCUGCACAAUCCAGUUCACACUGGGUUAAGCGCCUUCAAAUGUAACAAAUGCAAGAAAGCCUUCAGUUACUCGAAGCAUUUGAAUGGCAGUCACGUGCAGACCCACACUAGAAAGAGAUACUGUCAGUCUAAGAAACAUGGGAAAGCCUUUACUCAGGCUUCAGGCUUUAGUGAGCAUACCAAAAGUCACACUGGAGAGAAGUCUUUCAAUUGUGAGAACUUUUGGAAAACGCUUACUACAUCCCCAAAAGUCACUAGAAACUUCAAGAUGCGCAGUGGAGAUUACCCUUUUAAAUGUGACAAAUGUCACAAGGGCUUUGGCACGUCCUCAAACCUCACCACGCAUUAUAGAACCCACACUGGAGAGAAACCUUUUGAAUGUGACAUAUGUGGGAAGACGUUUAUCACCUCUUCCAGCUUUGUGGUCCACAAGCGUAUCCACACGGGAGAGAAACCCUACAAAUGUAAGGAGUGCGGGAAAGGCUUCAUAUGUUCCAUGCCCCUUAAAAACCACAUGCGAACCCACAGUGGGGAGAAGCCCUACGAGUGUAAGGAAUGUGGGAAAACCUUCAGCCAGACCUCCAGCCUCACCUACCACAUGAAAAUCCACACAGGAGAGAAGCCUUUUCAGUGUGAGUCAUGUGGGAAGGCCUUUGCCACGUCUUCACUCCUUACUAAGCAUUUUAGAUCUCACACUGGAGAGAAGCCUUUUGAGUGUAACAUCUGCGGGAAGACAUUCACCACUUCUUCAAACUUCAACGUCCAUAAGCGUAUUCACACCGGCGAGAAGCCCUACAAGUGUAAGGAAUGUGGCAAAAGCUUCAUCUGUUCCGUGCACCUAGACAAUCACACCCGUACCCACAGUGGGGAGAAACCCUACAAGUGUAGGGAGUGUGGGGAAAUGUUCACCACCUCUUCCUACUUAAUGGUCCACAAGCAGAUCCACAUGGGAGAGAAGCCCUACAAAUGUAAGGAAUGCGACAAAGGCUUCAUCGACUCCGCCCACCUCAAAAACCACAUCCACGUACGCGGGGAGAAGCCCUACAAAUGCAAAGAGUGCAGCAAGACGUUCACCACGUCCUCCUACUUCAUCGUCCACGAGCGCAACCAUACUGGAGAGAAGCCCUACAAGUGUAAAGAGUGCAAGAAGAGAUUCAUAUGCUCCAAACAACUCAACUACCACAUGCAAACCCACACGGGAGAGAAGCAUGUAAGGAAUGUGGGAAAGCCUUCAGUCAGUCCUCCAGUCUCACCUACCACAUGA